CGCCUGGCGGGAGAAGCCUCCAGUUCAAGUUAGAGUUCCCGACCCUGGCGCUCUAUCCCUGCCCAGGCUGGCCGGCCUCAGUGCACAAGACCCCACUCCCCAGAUACGUUUUGGGGCCGCCAGAGGAAUGUCUGAAGCCUGGGCCGUCCUGGAAAACCCAGGCCUGCGGUUUUCCCGGGCCCUGGGUCAGGCUGAGCACAGAGGCUGCGAGGUGGCUGUUCUGGAUGCUAGAGUGAGCGUGCCAGCCUGGGCGAGGAGGCAGAGACGGCCUGCCAGGGCUUCUCUCACUUUUUCCCAGGGCCUGAUGUCGGAGGCCAUGGACCAGACCGCGGGCGCUCCUGGAAACCCGAGGCCAGGAGAGGGUGGUGAUGGCAGCAUGGAACCAGACACCUGCCAGGAGCUUCUGCACCGGCUGCGGGAGCUGGAGGCAGAGAACUCAGCACUUGCCCAGGCCAAUGAAAACCAGCGGGAGACGUAUGAGCGCUGCCUAGACGAGGUUGCCAACCAUGUGGUGCAGGCACUUUUAAGCCACCGGGACCUGCGGGAGGAGUGCAUCAAGCUAAAGAAGAGGGUGUUCGACCUGGAACGGCAGAACCAGAUGCUGAGCGCCCUGUUUCAGCAGAAACUCCAGCUCACGACAGGCUCCCUCCCUCAGAUCCCACUUACCCCGCUCCAGCCACCAUCAGAACCGCCAGCCUCCCCUUCCCUGAGCUCCGCAGAAGGACCGGCCACCUCACUGCCUCUGGGGCGCUGUGCUGGGCAGAGAGAGGUGUGUUGGGAGCAGCAGCUGCGGCCAGGAGGCCCAGGCCCCCCGGCCACCCCACCCCCAGCACUGGAUGCCCUGUCCCCGUUCCUUCGGAAGAAAGCCCAGAUUCUGGAGGUGCUGAGAGCCCUGGAAGAGACUGAUCCCUUACUGCUGUGCUCACCCGCCACCCCCUGGCAGCCUCCCGGCCAGGGUCCCAUCUCCCCUGAGCCCAUCAAUGGUGAACUGUGUGGCCCACCCCAGACUGAACCCGCACCCUGGGCCCCCUACCUGCUUGUAGGCCCUGGUAGCCUAGGAGGCCUGCUGCGCUGGGAGCGCCUUUUGGGAGGCCUCGGGGAGGAAGAGGGUACUGGGCGGCCCUGGGGCCCUAGCAGGGCCACCCCCCAGGCCCAGGGUACCAGCUCUGGCCCACACUGUGCCCCAGGCAGCAGCUCCUCCUCAUCUUCUGAUGAGGCUGGUGACCCUAAUGAGGCUCCCAGCCCUGACACCCUUCUCGGGGCCCUGGCCCGCAAACAGCUGAACCUGGGCCAGCUGCUUGAGGAUACGGAGUCUUACCUACAGGCCUUCCUGGCUGGGGCUGCGGGCCCACUCAAUGGGGACCACCCAGGUUCUGGACAACCAUCUUCCCCAGACCGGGGACCCCCACAGCUGUCUAAGCCCAAAGGCCUCCCCAAGUCACCUUGGGGUGGGGGUACCCCAGAGGCCCACAGGCCAGGCUUUGGUGCUACCUCAGAUUGCCAGGGGCCCCUCCCCUUCCUCAGCAUGUUUGUGGGUGCAGGGGAUGCCCCACUGGGCUUACGGCCUGGCCACCCCCACUCCUCAUCUCAGGUGAAAAGCCAGCUCCAAAUUGGUCCCCCUUCUCCUGGGGAAGCCCAGCAACCCCUUCUGCCCUCUCCAGCCAGAGGUCUCAAGUUCCUAAAGCUGCCUCCAGCCUCGGAGAAGGUCCCCAGCCCAGGAGGCCCCCAGCUCAGCCCCCAGCUUCCACGGAACUCCCGGAUCCCCUGUCGGAACAGUGGCUCAGACGGCAGCCCCUCCCCACUGCUGGCCCGCAGGGGUCUGGGCGGAGGAGAGCUGUCCCCAGAAGGGGCUCAGGGUCUGCCCACCAGCCCUUUACCCUCCUCCACAACCCCAGACUCCACACAGCUCAGACCCCCGCAGUCAGCCUUGUCAGCUUCACUGUCCCCAGGACCAGUGGGGUCUCCCUGCUAUGAGAACAUCCUGGACCUUUCCCGGAGCACCUUUAGGGGGCCUUCCCCAGAGCCACCCCCAUCCCCGCUGCAGGUGCCCACCUACCCACAGCUGACUCUGGAGGUGCCACAGGCUCCUGAGGGACUCAGAAGCCCUGGAGUCCCCCCCAGCCCUUGCCUUCCAGAGUCCUGCCCCUACGGGAUCCCCCAGGAGAAGAGCUCAGAUAAGGCAGGCUCCGAGUCUCCCCAUCCCGGCCGCAGGACCCCCAGCGGCUCAUCCAAGAAGCCCAGCCAGGGGUCAGGGCGGCGGCCAGGGGACCCUGGCUACACACCUCUGCGGGACAGACUGGCAGCCCUGGGGAAACUGAAGACGGGCUCCGAGGGGCCUUUGGGCCCAGAGAAGAAUGGACUGCCAGCUAGGCCUGGCACUGAGAAGGCCCGGGGAUCAGGGAGGGGAGGGGAGAGUACUGGAGACAUGGUUCUCCCCAGACCCCCUGAGCAGUCAGAAGCUAAGGGGGCCCUGCGGGGAGCAGUGGCCUUAGGCACAAGCAGCCUGAAGCAGCAGGAACCUGGACUUGGGGGGGAUCCUGGAGCCCGAGUCUACUCGUCUCACUCCAUGGGGGCCCGGGUGGACCUGGAGCCUGUCUCACCAAGGAGCUGCCUCACCAAAGUGGAGCUGGCCAAGAGCCGGCUGGCAGGGGCCCUAUGCCCCCAGGUACCCCGUACACCUGCCAAAGUGCCAACCUCAGCCCCCAGCCUGGGCAAGCCUAACAAGAGCCCUCAUGGUAGCCCUACCAAGCUGCCAUCCAAGUCACCCACCAAGGUAGUACCCCGACUUCCAGCACCCCCAGUCACCAAGGAGCCCCCCAAGCCCGACAAGGGGAAGGGUCUGCCUUGGGCAGACUGUGGUGGCACCCCAGCCCAGCCCCCACUCCCAGUACCUGGCCCCACUGACCCGAGCCAGGGCCCCGAGGGGCCAGCCCCGCACUCAGCCAUCGAGGAGAAGGUGAUGAAGGGCAUCGAGGAGAAUGUGCUGCGACUCCAGGGCCAGGAACGGGCGCCGGGCACCGAGGCCAAGCACCGUAACACCAGCAGCAUCGCCAGCUGGUUCGGCCUUAAGAAGAGCAAGCUGCCGGCACUGAACCGCCGCACAGAGGCCACCAAGACCAAGGAAGGGGCCAGCGGGGGCUCCCCACUCCGGAAGGAGGUCAAGAUGGAAGCCCGGAAGCUGGAAGCUGAGAGCCUCAAUAUCUCCAAGCUGAUGGCUAAGGCAGAAGACCUGCGCCGGGCCCUGGAGGAGGAGAAGGCCUACCUGAGCAGCAGGGCCCGGCCGCGGCCCGGGGGCCCAGCUCCAGGGCCCAGCACAGGCCUGGGGCAGGUGCAGGGCCAGCUGGCCGGCAUGUACCAGGGCGCGGAUACCUUCAUGCAGCAGCUGCUCAACAGGGUGGAUGGCAAGGAGCUGCCGCCCAAGAGCUGGCGGGAGCCCAAGCCUGAGUAUGGAGAUUUCCAGCCAGUGUCCUCUGCCCCCAAGAGCCCCUGGCCAGCCAGUGGGCCCCGAAAUGGCCUGGUAGGCCCUCUUCAGGGCUGUGGGAAACCUGGAAAGCUGAGCAGCGAGCCAGGGAGGCGGGAAGAGUUGCCCACCGAGGACGGCCUGGCUGAGCCAGUGCCCACCGCACACUUCACAGCCUGUGGAUCCUUGACUCGAACCUUGGACAGUGGCAUUGGGACCUUCCCACCUCCAGACCAUGGCAGCAGUGGGACCCCCAGCAAGAACCUUCCCAAGACCAAGCCGCCACGGCUGGAGCCCCCACCUGGAGUACCCCCAUCUCGACCACCACCCCUUACCAAAGUACCGCGCCGCGCCCACACGCUGGAGCGGGAAGUGCCGGGCAUUGAGGAGCUGCUGGUGAGCGGGCGGCACCCCAGCAUGCCAGCCUUUCCCGCGCUGCUCACCGCUGCUCCUGGCCACCGGGGCCACCCCACCUGCACCGAUGAUCCCUGCGAAGACCCAGGCCCUCCCCCUCCUGUCCAGCUGGCCAAGAACUGGACUUUCCCCAACACCAGGACAGCCAGCAGCUCCGCCGACCCUUACCUGUGCCCACCCCGACAAUUGGAGGGACUGCCCAGAACCUCCAUGGCCCUGCCCGUGGACCGGAAGCGGAGCCUGGAGCCCAGCCGCCCAGCCCCAACGCCCCCGGGCCCAGCAUUUGGGGGUAGCCGCACCCCCAGCACUUCGGACAUGGGCGAGGAAGGCAGAGUGGCCAGUGGGGGCCCUCCAGGGCUGGAGACCUCAGAGUCUCUCAGUGACUCACUCUAUGACUCGCUCUCCUCCUGUGGGAGUCAGGGCUAAGGGGCUGCACCACACCACGUCCCCCUCUGGACUUGGGGACCACAGACUGGACCAGCCCUCGGAGCCAACAGGGCCCCUCUCUGGAAGGACCAAGGAGGCAGGUGGAUAAAGAGGUGAAGGGGGUCCCUGGCAUACCCCACUGCUCGCCGCUGCUCUGGAUGAGGUGACCGUGCUCAGCUCAGGGAGAGACCCCACCGAGGCCCCUCCUCCUGCCCAGAGUGAGGCUCUUCCUCUAAGGGACUGGGGUUCAAGGCCACUGGGUCCCAGUCCCCAGCUCCUGCUUCAGGCCGAGCCAUCUUGUGGUGCUGGGCUUCCUGCCCACCAGCUGUGCCAUCUCUGCCCAACCUGGCUGCUCCCCUGCCCUGAGGCCCCCAUGGGGCCAUUCCGGAGGCCCCAUGCCGGUGGAGCUUGGGGUAAGGGGGACAAGUUGCCUUCUCUCUCUGCCCUGGUCCCUCCUGCUGUCUGGAUGGUGCUGCCCUCCCCUUCCCCAUGUCUUGGGGGUCUGUUUGUCUGUCUUUUUGGUUGUUUUGUUUUUGUUUUUGUUUUUUAUUAAAGCGCCUGGCCCAGUCCGUACCCCCAUUCCCACACUGCGGUUAAUUUAUCUGUUCAAACGCGGCUGCUCUGCUUCCAGCCUCUGCUUCUACCGUAUCCCUAAUAAAACAUGGAGGUCCCUCCUA